UUCUCUAUUUCUAUGUCUGUGUGUUCUUCAUCUUCAUUAUCCGAAACACGCUGUCACUGCUCUGUGGCUCUCUAACAAUGGCGAGCUUAACCGCCAGCUUCACGGCUCGAACAUGGUCCGACCUAGCCCCUCUACGCCGCCGUUCCCUUCACCCAUUCAUCAACAGACGCGUAACCCUCGCACCCACACUCACCCCGUUGAGAAUCGUUUGCAUGGCGGAACCUUAUCUGAUAACCAAGCUGGAUUCCGCUGAGAAAACAUGGAAAGAGUUAUCGGUCAAGCUUGCUGAUCCAGACAUUGUGAAUAAUCAUACUGAGUACCAGAAGCUAGCACAAUCAGUGUCAGAGCUCGAAUCGGUUGUUUCUUUGUACCGGAGAUUUAAAGACUGUGAGAAGUCGCUAGAGGAAACCAAAGCUUUGGCAAAGGAUGAUGGAAAUGAUGAGGAUAUGGCGGAAAUGAUAUCUUUUGAAGUUGAUUCUUUGUCCAGGCAACUCGCAGAACUUGAGGAAAAGCUUAAGCUUUUACUACUUCCCAGUGAUCCUCUGGAUGCCAGAAACAUAAUGAUUGAAGUACGAGCAGGUACUGGCGGUGAUGAGGCAGGAAUAUGGGUUGGUGAUCUUGUCCGAAUGUAUGAAAGAUACAGUGAACGGAAUUCUUGGAAGCAUUCUACCAUCUCAAGCUCUGAGGCAGAAAAAGGAGGAUUCAAAACUUUUGUGAUGGAGAUAAAAGGAAACUGUGUCUACAGUAAAUUGAAAUAUGAAUCAGGUGUCCAUCGAGUUCAACGUGUGCCUCUGACAGAAACGCAGGGCCGUGUGCAUACGUCUACUGCAACAGUAGCCAUCAUGCCAGAGGUUGAUGAAGUUGAAGUUGAAAUUGACCCCAAAGAUAUUGAACUGACAACAGCACGUUCUGGUGGUGCUGGAGGCCAGAAUGUUAACAAGGUUGAAACAGCAAUUGAUCUUUUCCAUAAACCAACGGGAAUCCGCAUCUUUUGCACUGAAGAAAGGACCCAGCUUCGGAAUAAGCAUCGUGCUCUUCAGUUACUCCGAGCCAAACUAUAUGAGAUUAAGUUGAGGGAGCAGCAAGAGUCAAUACGAAAUGAAAGGAAAUCACAGAUUGGUACUGGAGCGCGUGCAGAAAAAAUCCGGACAUACAAUUAUAAGGACAACAGAGUUACUGAUCACAGAUUGAAGAUGAACUUUGAGCUCACCUCUUUUCUCGAUGGUGACAUAGAAAAUGCUGUUCAGUCUUGUGUUACAACGGAGCAAAAGCAACUUCUGGAAGAACUUGCUGAGUCUGCAAAUGCCCCGGCCAGCUGAUGCGCAGCAUAUUUUGCCUAUGUGAUUGGAAAAGUUAUGAUGGACCAGUUUUCACAAUGGAAGAUCUGCUAUGUCGUUCUCCUGAACUCCCAUCAUUCAAAGGCUAAUACAUACCUUAGUUGAUUGCUUUACAGUAUGUAUAUGUGGACCAGUUUUACAUGUAACCUUUCCUUAGACAACACUUUCUGAUGCAUACAGUCUGUUUCAUUAUGUAAAUUAAUGCAAUUGACUUUUGCAUUUUGUGCCAGUUCCAUUCCUUUUGUUUGAACUACCACAAAAAUUUGAAGUUUUGAUGAACAGUUUCUUUCA